AUGGACGCCCCCGACGACGGCAUCCUCAACGCCGCCACGGCGGAGCAGCGCCUCCUCCUCCGGCACGCCGCCGCCGCCGCCGCCGCGAGCACCAACCCGCCCACGCUCCCCGCCGCCUCCGCCCUCCGCGCCGCCGAGGCGGCCCUCGCCCCGCGCGCCGACCCGGCCUGGCACCUCGGCGGCUGGGACGCCCGCCGCCUCGUCGCCCACGUCCUCGACGACGUCGUCCCCGCGCUGACCGGCCAGGCCGCCUCCGCCCGCUACUACGGCUUCGUCACCGGCGGCGUCCUGCCCGCCGCCGAGUGGGCCGACAACGUCGUCUCGCGCUGCGACCAGAACGUCCAGGUCCACCUGCCGGGCCAGACCGUCGCCACGGCCGUCGAGGACGCCGCGCUGGGGAUGCUGGCGGGGUUGCUGCGUCUGGAGGAGACUCCUGACGGCAGUGGGAGUGGCGCGGGAGAAACGACGUGGCGCGGGCGCACGUUCACGACCGGCGCGACGGCGAGCAACGUCCUGGGCCUGGCGUGCGGUCGCGAGGCCGUCCUGCAGAAGAGACUCGGCGGUGAUGACAGCUCCGCGGGAGUCGGCGAGCUGGGCCUCCUGGCGGCGUGUCUCCGCGCGGGCGUCUCCGAGGUGCAGGUCCUGACGAGCGCGGGCCACAGCUCGCUGUCCAAGGCGGCGAGCGUUGUCGGCAUCGGGCGCGCCUGCGUCAAGGAGCUGCGCCGCACCGACGCCGGCCAGCCGUGGCGGCUCGACCUCGAGGCACUGGAGGCGGAGUUGAGCCGGCCGGGCGUGGCGAGCAUCAUCGCCGUGAGCGCGGGGGACGUCAACACGGGUGGGUUCGCACUCGGUGGCGUGGAGGAGUGGAGGCGGGUGAGGGAGCUGGCGGACAAGUACGGCUCGUGGAUUCACGUCGAUGGCGCGUUUGGCAUCUUUGCGCGGGUCUUGGGAGACCGCCACGAGUAUGCCUGGCUCAAGAAGCAGCUCGAGGGCAUUGAGCUGGCCGACAGCAUCACGGUAGACGGUCACAAGAUGCUCAACGUGCCAUACGACUGCGGCAUGUUCUACACCCGCUCCGCGUCGACCCUCCAGUCCGUCUUCAUCAACCCCAACGCCGCGUACCUCUCCUCGGGCUCCGCCUCCAGCAUCCCCUCGCCGCUCAACAUCGGUCUCGAGAACUCGCGCCGCUUCCGCGCCCUGCCCGUGUACGCCGCGCUCCUCAGCGAGGGAUACCCGGGCUUCGAGCGCCUCGUCUCCAACACGGUGCAGCUGUCGCGCCGCGUGGCCGCCUACCUGCGAGACUCGCCGCACUAUGAGCUCUUGCCGGACGAAGGCGCGCCGCUCGACCGCGUCUUCAUGAUUGUCUUGUUCCGGGCCAAGGAUGCCGCCCUCAACGACGUGCUUGUCGAGCGGAUCAACGAGACGCGGCAGAUGUACGUGAGCGGGACGGCCUGGGCUGGGCAAAAGGCCGUGAGGAUUGCCGUGUCGAACUGGAAGGUCGAUGUGGAGCGGGACUAUAAGGUCGUGGCGGCCAUCCUCGACGCCGUGGCCGCGGGUGACGAGUUUGACAUUGGAAAAUUCGAAGCGUGA